AUGUCUAAACCAAAGGCUUUCCUCAAGAAGUCGAAAGCAAAGAAAAAAGAAGAGCAGGUCAGGCGAUCCAUUGUCCUGGAUAUCUGCCCGCAAAUCGAUGGAAUACUAAAUUCUUUCCAGGCUCUAGAGACUGCAGAUGAUUUCCAGGCAGCUGGGGUCGAUUUCGAAGAAGCUGCCGGAAAAUGGAGGGCGGGUGAUGCUGCAAAGUCGCUGCGAUUCUUUGACAGGGCUAUCGGUGUAUAUAGCCAGGGAUUACAGAAGUUCCCUGGUAGUCUCGAUCUUGCUUAUAACAAGGCACGGGUGUUACUGGAGAUAGCUACACAUCCUAUUCUAGUUCAACAAUUGCCAGGAACCCCGUGGGAUAUUCUCCAGCAGGCACUUGAAGCGCAUCGCUAUGCCCUGAACCUCGCUCAGGACAAUGCCGACACACUUUUCAACACUGCACAGGUCUUGACAGCAAUCGCGGAAGCAUCAGCUAAGGAUCCUGAUCGGCCUGAACAAGAAGCAUUGCAAGCACUCGAAGAAGCUCUAGAGCUCCAGAGCAGAUGUCUGGCCAUCCAAGAGUUGAAGCUUGAGGAAUCCAUCCAGCAACAGAACGAGGCAGCCGCUCAAUUGGACUCGACCGGGGACCAAGCCGAUGUCGUCGAGCAAAAGGGCAGCAAUUCCGAUGACGACACCGAUGAUGGCGGCGCCUCCUUGAACAAUAACAAUGCCGCCGACCAGUGGUUUGCAGUAGUCGAGUCCGUCACAAAAGAAACACUUAUCGACACCAUUCUCGCCGAGUUAGGCACUCUCACCACCCUUUGUAGCAUACUAUCAUCAUCAACUACUUCCACGCUUACUACCCGCCUAGCUUGGAUAGAAGAGUUUUCGUCGAAACUCGUAAAAGCAAAACUGCCGACCCUCUUACAAGACGCAGAUGCUGAGAGGCGGCAGGAAGUGGCACUGGCCAAGGCCAAUCUUGUGUCAGCUCUCCUUGAAACUGGCUACAGAUCAGAGUCAAUUGAUGCGAGCACAUAUAAGCGAGAAAGGGAUGAAGCUUUUAAAGAUCCAGAUAUGGACUUGGAGAAAGAUUUCCCAGCAUUACUAGCUAACGCAAAUAGCCUCGUCGCCUUUAAUGUGGCUCUGAGCGACAUCGACAUAAAUGCCUCUUCAGCAUCUCAACGGUGGAACGCACUGUCAGCGGCCAUAGCCAAUCUUGCUGCUGCUUCCAAAAUCUCAGGUCCAGUUCCAGAAGACAUUGCCGAAACUCAUAUGAUUCGUGGCAAUUGCUCGCUGCUGCAACACCAAUUAGGACAACCGCCGACAUCCUAUAAGCUGGCUAUUACGAAUAAAUCUCAGCUCCUGCAAAACGCCGAUACUUUCUACAGGAAUGCCAGCAAGCUAUAUCAGGAUGAAGAUAUGAAGGCAAUCUGUCAAUUUCGGGGGCUCGUAGCGCAGACAUUGAUCGCAGGCAGUGACUUAAUGUCAACUCUAGCCUCCUGGGGAACGACGAAAAGUAAAGAGUGGGUCGAGAGCCAAAUCCAAGAUAUGAUCGAUGAGGGACUUCUAGCAGCCGGUUAA